AGAUGAACCCGGACGUCGUUUUAGCAAAGCUGAAGAAAGAUGUCCGCUCUUUACUCAUUUCCUCCAAAGUCGAUCUGGACCCUGAGCUACUUAAACGGGACUACAAAACUAUAGUGGGCCAUCCUCUGCCUCUGAAACUCCUGGGCUUUCGAAAUGUCAUGGAUAUGUUGAAGGAGAUACCUGACGUGGUCUCGGUUAAUGUCCGAGAGGAUGGUAAAACAUUCUUGAAGGCUGUUAGCCAUGAGUCCACGAGAAACAUUGAGGAGCUGGUAGCUAAGCAGCGUACGUCCAUGAGGGGCAAAAAAAGAAAGAAUUGGCAGUGCUCUUCCAACCGCAAGUGUUACCGUUCAGCCCCGUUAAUUCUUCCCAGGCGAGGUGGCGCUCCUCCGGCCCUUCCUCCUCAGCUGAGGGCCCAACUGCGCGUCCUUCUCUCGCAAGGACCUGUGAGGUUGUCAGAACUGGAGAGCAGCUUUCUACGAUGCUUUGGCCGCCCUCUGCGUGUUCAUAAUUUGGGCUUCUACUCCACUGGAGAGAUGCUGGAAGCUGCUGCAGACCUUGUUUUGAUCCAGCAGGGCAGGUUUGGCUCCAUAGUGACGCUGAGAGAGCAAAUGCUGCCCAGAACAUUUAACACUAAACAGAGCCUCGGACCACUAAAGACCACAACCCACGCGGGACUGCACACUCCAGCAAAGUCUCAAGACACCACUGUGAGUUCUGUCCACGAGGAGCCGCCACAUGUCAGUUGUAAUCUGCAAGGGAUUGACAAGACCCAAGAACCAGAACCACAGCUCCACCAGAAAAGUCUCCAUUUUAAUCUGCAUUUCUCAAAGUUGCAAGAGGAGCUUCGCCAGCAGAUUGCAGAGAACGGAGUGGCCGCGACCAUCAGUCACAAGCUAAAAGAGAAACUGCAAAAGGUUGUCGGUCAAAGUAGCUAUGGAAUAUCAGUUCACCAUCUCCCUGAGGAGUACAAGAGGCUUUUGGGUGAGGACUUGCCACUGAAAGAGAAGGGCUUUGUCAGUGUCACUGAGCUGGUGGACACCAUGAGUGACAUCUUCGACCUGCAAUAUGUGGAUGGGGACAGUAAAUGCGACUGGAUCGUAAAGAACGCAACCUCUGAUGCUCCUGGUGGAACAUGGCCACAGACAAACUGCCACACUGGAGAAUCUCUUUGGGACGUCAAGGAUGGCCACAUCUCGGUGGACGCGGCGGAAGAACUUUUGACGAUGGAUUAUUCUGUGAAGCGAGAACGGGCGUCAGAGCUGUGUCCCGCCGUCGCGGUGUAUUGCAGCCCCGUCGUGCCUCCGGACGCUCUGCAGAGUCAACAUCUUGAACGGCCGACACCGCGUCCAUCUUUUGAAUGGCUUCCAGUCACGGUGGAACAAGUCGAGUCUCCAGGACUCUUCUACGUCCGCUUCACGGGUUGUGAGGAAGCUCAAACCUUUGAGAAGAUGAAAGUGGAGAUGACUCUCUGUUAUUCCUCUCCUGAUGUGUCCGAGCGCUACCGCCUCCCGCAGCCGUUUAUCCGCCGAGGGCAAGUCUGCUGUGUGUCAUCCGAGAACACCUGCUUCACCCGGGGUGUGAUUCGCCAGCUCAUCAGCUCCACCAGCGUUGAGGUCUACCAUGUAGACUUUGGCACGGUAACCACCGUGCAUCCCGAUGGCCUGAUGUUCCUCAAGUCCUGCUUCUCCGUUCUUCCAGCACAAGCCGUCCCAUCGUCGCUUGCUGGAAUUAAAGCGACCACUGGUGCCUGGACUUGGGAGGCAAUUGCUUCAUUUAUCACUCUUUGUAAUCGGCCCCCAGUGGCCGGACUGGUUUGCGACACGGGAGAUGUGCUCCACCUGUGUCUUUGUGAUACCCACACUGAACAGGACAUCCACGUCCGCAAUGUCCUCAUCAGCCAAGGUCAUGGGGAGCCCUGCGGCCCCUCAGCCAGUGCAGCAGUGUGUGACAAGGUCAGCCCUGUCCGCCUUUACCUGGGGGAAGGUACAUUUCACCUGCCAGAUAUUGACGAGGGGAGCAUUUGGCCGGCAGAAACACUUGAGCAAUCAGAGUUGGAAACUGAGGAGAAGCCCUCGGAAUUUAUUGGGGACAAUGAGAGCAACACUGAUGUUCAGAAUCCUUCACGUCGAGGAGAGAAGCAGGAGUUUGAUGGCACUGUAACAUCAGCAGUUUGUCCACCCUUUAUCUUGAGGACUCAGGAGAAAUUCCAGGACAACUUAUUUCACGCAAUUCUUACGGGAGCAAAUCUGAAACGAGAAAAAGGUUUGGGCUGCUUCUCCAGCAUCCUUCUGCCUCGAUCGAUCGAUUGUGCUGUGAAUGGAGGUGUGGAUGGUUGAACAGAUGAAGAGCAGAGAAGAGCUUGCAAUGUGGCAACAUCAUUUUCAGGUCCAAUAUUGCAUUUUUUGUCAAGUUUAUUUAUAUAGCCC